AUGGCAAUCUCAGAUAUCUUCCCAGGCGAAUCAUCAACCCAUAAAGGAGCCAAUGACAUCCCCGCUCCUCGAUCGGACGCUUCUGUCAAUGCUCCUCCACCAGAACAGCAUCGACGAGUAGCCGAUUUCGUCAAUGAAGCACCAAAUGCCAGAUACACAUUCGAUUCUAGACGUAAUGCCGAUGCUGCCGAUGCCGAGCUAUGCAGGAUAACGCUCCAGGGAGGAAAGAGCUGUAUCAAGCUCGCUUUGGCCAGUGCCUCGCUGUUUAAGAGCAUGCAAUCACUCGGCUUCUACUGUGCUUUACCUGCUGAACCUACACGUACGCAUAUGGAAUGUACCCGAAUCCCUCGUUAG